AACCGGUAAGCGAUGUGGCUGCCCUUCAAAUGUCUCUGCUCUGUGCAAAUGCCUUAUUAAGCAACUAGUAUUGCCCUUUCCCUCCACUUCUUCCCUGUAACUCUGCAGCUCACGUGCCCAUGGAGGAAUGCUUCCAUAUCUUUGUUGUCAUGAUGUUGUUGCUGCUGCUGCACGUCCCAGCAACCUGCUCAGCAGCACAAGGCAUCGAUACUGAUCUAUAUGCUCUUCUAGAACUUAAAGAUAGCGUAGAGUUCGAUCCCCAUCGUGUCUUGGAGAAAAACUGGACAACCACAUCCUCAUCCUCAUCCUCAUCAGUUUGCAGCUGGGUUGGAGUUACUUGCAGUGAGAGCAUCCCCCAAAGAGUUGAAGCCCUGGAAAUUCCAAACAUGCGCUUACAAGGUACCAUUCCCCCAAAGCUGGGGGACCUCUCUUCGCUCACCCGACUCGACAUCAGCAACAACACUUUCAGCGGCCCUCUUCCUGACGAAAUGGCUAAUCUUCGUCGGUUGAAAUUAAUCAAUUUUGAACACAACCAAUUCAGUGGAGAGAUUCCGAAAUGGUUGGUAGCAUUACCCGAGGUGCAGUACUUGAACCUUGGCCGAAACAAUUUCUCAGGGUUCCGAGCUUCCCCCUCUUUUAGUCCAAACUUGGAGUAUUUGAACGUCUCGUUUAAUCAAAUAAUUGGAGAGAUUCCACAAGAGAUUGGCAAUCUUAGUAAACUGAAGAGUUUGGACAUGCACUUCAAUCAGCUGACGGGUAAUAUAAGAACCAUGUAUGGCAUCCCAUCGCUGGAACAUAUUGAUUUUUCAUACAAUAGCCUAUCUGACAUGCUUCCUGAAGAUCUCUGUCAUUCUCUUCCAAAUCUUAAAUUCCUUGGGCUGUCAUGGAACCAGCUAGUAGGCAAAUUCCCUUCCAGUUUAGCCGAAUGCUCAAAGCUUCAGAGCUUGUUGCUGUCAUUUAACAUCUUUGAGUCAGAGAUACCCGCUGGGUUUGGGAACUUGACCAUGCUCCAGGAGUUGGCUCUUGGUGGCAACAUGUUGACAGGAGGAAUUCCAGACGAGUUGGGUAAUCUAAUUUAUUUGGAGGUCCUAGCCCUGGAGAACAAUAACCUCAGUGGAAGCAUACCAUCAUUCAUCUCUAACUUGUCUUCAUUGAAAGUGCUUAAUCUUCACUCAAAUUACCUCAGUGGUGGCUUACCAAAAGAAAUCGGCAACUGGAGUACUUCAAUCACACAGAUUGACCUCAGUGAUAACCAUCUGUUAGGCGAAAUACCAGAUGAGAUUGGUGCUCUUUCAAGCUUAGAGAUUUUAGCGAUCAACUUCAAUUAUUUGUCAGGGCAAAUUCCCACUUCAAUCUUCAACAUGUCAACCUUGGAAAUGCUUUCACUUGCAGAAAAUAACCUUACGGGAAAUCUACCACCAAUGAUGGGUAAUUUGCCUUACAAUCUAGAAAAUCUUUAUCUUGGAGGAAAUCGACUCAGUGGGAGCAUCCCUGACUCUAUCUCUAAUGCUUCUAAACUCGUCAUCCUAGACCUCUACGCCAACAACUUCACAGGUCUCAUUCCUGAUUCACUUGGGAAUUUACAAGAACUAGAAUAUCUGAGUUUGGGAGAAAACAAUCUCCAAGGUGGACCAGGACCCGUUGACCACCUGAGCUUCACAGAAAACAUUCUUGUCAGUGGAUUAUCUUCGCCUCCUCCAGAACUUGGAUUCAUCACUUCCUUGACAAACUGUAAGAAACUGAAAAGGGUGUAUAUAAAUAACAAUCCAUUGAAUGGCCGCCUUCCGUCUUCCAUCGGGAAUUUUUCUGGUGCCCAACUCAACGCUUUUGUGGCAUCUAAAUGUGGGAUCACAGGCAAUAUUCCCAAGGAAAUUGGCAAUAUAAGCAGUCUGAAAUCCUUGUUUCUCGACAACAAUUACUUGAAUGGAUCCCUUCCAAAUACAUUCAGUGGAUCAUGGAAACUUGACAAACUUGUUCUUCCCAACAAUGCUCUGCACGGGUUGAUUCCAGAAGAUCUAUGCCAAUUAAAAUAUUUGGAAAUCUUACAUUUGGGUGGAAAUCACCUUGGUGGUCAAUUGCCAGACUGCCUAGGAAAUGUUACAUCUUUACAAUCCCUUCAUCUAGCCUCCAACAAUUUAACAUCCAAAAUACCAGUAAGUCUGUGGAGACUCACAGACCUCUCUGAAUUUAACUUGUCCUCCAACUCCUUCACUGGCAAUAUUCCUAGCGCUAUUGGUGGUCUGCAAAACCUGGCUAAUCUUUCCUUGGCAAGUAAUAAUCUUAUAGGAGAAAUUCCAGAGUCAUUCGGCAACCUUGUAAACUUGUGGUCCUUAGAUCUGUCCAAUAAUCAUCUCACUGGAAAGAUUUCCAUGUCACUGCUUCAACCUUCUCUUCAUUUUUUUAACGUAUCAGGUAAUAGCUUGAGUGGGAAAAUUGACCCAGAAUGGGAAUCCAGAGGGUUUGGACAAGAUAGCUUUCUAGCAAAUGUAGGAUUGUGCAGUCCCGUUUGGUCGAAGUCCUCAAAUUGCUCUGACAGUCGUCUUCACCUUACCAGAACAAAAAGUUUGCUGUUGUUUCUGUGUGUUUUCUUGGGGAUUGCACUUUUGAUGGUAGUCCUUUGCUGUGCAUUUUUUCUGGUCAGAUGGCGACGAAAACAUCAAUUUCCAACUUCAAGAAUUACACACCAAGAAAUUGAACGAGCUACUAAUGGAUUCGAUGAAAGACAGUUGCUAGGCACAGGGAGGUUUAGUUCAGUGUACAAAGGGACUCUGAAAGGGAAAGUCGUGGCCAUAAAGGUGUUCAAUCUGCAGCGUAUUGCAUUCAAGAAUUUUGAUGCAGAAUGUGAAAUUCUGUGCAAAAUUGCCCAUCAAAAUCUUACUAAGGUCAUUGGCUUUUGCUCUAACACUGAUUUCAAAGCUUUGGUACUGGAGUACAUGCUGAAUGGCAGCCUUGAGAAGUGGUUCUAUUCUCUUGACUCUUUCCUGGAUAUAGGGAAAACGUUAGGGAUAAUGAUAGAUGCAGCACUUGCACUGGAUUAUCUCCACGAUAAACAAUUGCUUCACUGUGAUUUGAAACCAAGCAACGUUCUGCUAGACAAAGAUAUGGUUGCACACUUGAGUGAUUUUGGCAUUACAAGUUAUUCCAAGGAUGAGGAGAGUGUGGCUCAAACCAGCAACCUAGGCACCAGUGGGUACUCAGCUCCAGAAUAUAGACCGGAAGGAUCAGUGUCGGCAAGAUCAGAUGUUUAUAGUUUUGGGAUUACAUUGAUGGAAACAUUUACAAGGAAAAGGCCCACUGAUCAAAUGUUCGGUCCGGAAUUGAGCUUGAGAGAUUGGGUAAAAGAGGCCUUGGAUAGCAGUACUGUUCAUCAAGUUGUGGAUGCAAGGUUGAUAGGGGAAGAGGAAUUUGAGGCAAAGGUGAAGUGCGCGUCAUCCAUCUUGGAACUGGCAUUGAAAUGCUCUGAAGAAUCGGCUGAAGAAAUGAUGGAUAUCAAAGAUAUGGUGGUGAAGCUCAAGACAAUAAGAGACGAUCAAAUCCCUAAAAAACAUUGACUGACGAUUGGGAAAUGUUGUGUAUUCAACUGUGUGUGUAAGUGUGAGUGUGUGUCCCAUAUUAAUUGUGUAAGAGUUAUGCUACUUGUACGCACAAAGUUGACCCACAGUUGAGAAUUUGUGAUAAAUUAAUAAUUAAAAUAUUACGAUAAAUUGACAAUUAAAAUAUGGUGAUAUUUUUAUUUGAAGGAUGAUAUUUUUAAUUUAAUUAUGGAUGUAUGAAUUUCGAUUAAGAAGA